CGCGUCUAUUUUUAGAACCAUAAACAGUGUAAACGCCAUAUUGUCUGGCAGAAGCAAUGAAGACCUUACUGGUAACCGGGUUAAGUGUGGUUUUAAGCGCAGCUGUGAUUGGAAAUGCCUAUUAUCAGAAGAAACAGUUUUAUCCCUCUGUGGUUUACAUCACAAAAUCAAACCCCAGUAUGGCGAUGCUCUAUAUCCAGGCUUUCGUUUUUGUCAUACUAAUGGGAAAACUUAUGAGAAAAGUGUUUUUCGGAAAUCUUCGUCCAGCUGAAAUAGAGCAUUUAAUAGAAAGAUCUUGGUAUGCAGUGACUGAAACUUGUCUGGCAUUUACAGUGUUUCGUGAUGACUUUAGUCCUAAAUUCGUUGCCCUGUUCACACUGUUGUUAUUUCUCAAAUGUUUCCACUGGCUUGCAGAGGACAGAAUUGAUUAUAUGGAGAGAAGUCCAGUGAUAUCAGUAUUAUUUCACAUCAGGGCAUUGACCCUGAUAGCAUUGUUGGGAGUGUUGGAUCUGUACUUCAUCAACCAUGCAUACCACAGCACCCUAACUAAAGGGGCAUCAGUGCAACUCGUGUUUGGCUUUGAGUAUGCCAUAUUGAUGACCAUUGUGGCGAUGACAUUUAUGAAGUACAUCCUCCACUCCAUCGACCUACAGAACGAGAACCCGUGGGAGAACAAGGCGGUGUAUCUGUUGUAUACAGAGCUUUUCCUAGGUGCUGUGAAAGUUGUGUUAUACAUGGCAUUUAUGGUUAUCAUGAUCAAAGUGCACACCUUCCCAUUGUUCGCCAUCCGACCCAUGUAUCUGUCUAUGAGGGGAUUCAAAAAGGCUUUGCAUGAUGUCAUUAUGUCUAGAAGAGCUAUCAGGAAUAUGAAUGCAUUUUACCCUGAUGCAACUGAGGAGGAAUUACAGGUGGAUGAUGUGUGUAUUAUCUGUCGGGAAACCAUGACAACGGCUGCCAAGAAGUUGCCGUGUAAUCACAUUUUCCACACCACCUGCCUGAGGUCAUGGUUUCAGAGACAGCAGACUUGUCCUACCUGUAGGCGAGACGUACUGAGGGCGGCGCCCACCCCACCACAAGCCACACCCCCUCAACCCCCACAACCCCCUCAGGCACAACCCCCACAAAACAUUUUUGGGGGUAUGGCUGGCAUGCCUCCACAGAUGUGGCCCCAGCCCCCUGUUCAACCCCAUCAGCCAAAUGUAGCCCAGCCAGGUGGUACACAGGCACCACAAUCAGGCACCUCUACUGCCACUGUCUCCUCCACAUUUACUCAUCCCUCUGUAUCUGCUCCCACCACCACCACAUUCCCUGGUAUGCCAGCAACAGGAGGUCUCCCCACAGGAAUGCCCCCGAUGAUGCCAAUGGUCCCACUUAUGAUGCCAUUUGGCAUGCCCCGCCCUCCAUCAAAUCUGUCUGAGCUGUCUACAGAGGACCUGAGGAGGAUAGAGGGACAGGAGAGGGAGAAUGUUGAGGCCAGGAUCCAGUGGCUGAGGGACAUCCAGGCUCUGAUGGAUGGGGCCAUGGUGAUGAUCAACCAGUACAACACAGUCGCAGCACAGCUCAGCACACCAACAAUAAAUCCAAAUGUUUCCUCAACAAACAGUAGGGAGGAGGCAGUGCCAAAAAGUGAGAGUACUGAAGUAAAAACAGAAAUAAAGACAGAACCCUCCAACUCAGACCUCGAUUAUGAGGGUUUAGAAGGAGCGACAGGGUUCACACCCCCAAAAGAGGAAGUGAUACCAGAUUGGGAGGAUCCCACCAAAGAAGAACACGAGGAUGAGAUGCACGAAAUCCGACGACGGAGAUUACAAAAGUUUGAUCAAGAACAGAGUGCUAAACAGACAUCGGACACUGCCAGCUAACAGCGUGCUAGUGCCUGGUGUGGAUAAACAGUGCCUCAAGCCUUCUAAAUCCAAAGUCAAUCAGAUAUGUGUGGGUUGUCUUUCCUUGGUUGCAUUCCGAGUUUUUCUUCUUUUCGUUUAGAUGGGAUUUUUUUUGGUUUAUCCCUCUUGGUCCUAACUUUUUCUCAUACAAUCUUGUUAAUACUGGUACAUGUACAUGUAGUUAUAAAAGUUAUUAGUAUGUUGCUUUUAUUCAAAGAGAAAACAAAUGCUAAGUAAAGUGUUAGAAAAUUGGUAUAAUGCUGGUGCAAAGGAAGUUGAAAAUACUUUUACAUGUGUGUAGUUUAAGGCAUUAUGCAUAAUGGUUAGUCUAUUAUACUAAAUUGAAACUUGCAAUGAAAAAAGGUGAGGUUAUCAUUUUUAUAAGGCAUUUUUGUUGUUGUUUCAAACACCUAUAAAUUUGCCACCCAACAAUUAAAAUUAUAUGGACAUCUUUGGGUUUUGCUAUUUACCCGGUAGUAACAGAUGUACACAUACAAAAAAUUGGAGAGUUUUAAUGAACAUGUAAAUAUUUUUAUACUAGUAACUGAUCUUUUUCUCAUCCUAAUUUAAUUACUGGUACAUAGCAAGUGCUUUUGUUUUUCUGUACUCUGUUUCAUUUAUUGUGGUGCCAUAUUCUCAAACAAAACUGAUUUUUUUUAAAAUGUGUGUAAUUUUGUAAAAUUACUUUGCAAAUUUUCUUUCGUUAUUCAAGUUUAUUCUACACAGACUAAAACUAAUUUAUAUGAUUUUGACAUCAGUUAAUUUCUGGAUGUGAGGAAAAGGAAUGUCUAGUCUUUUGAGAUAAGAGAAAGCCUGCUUGAGUCUGCUUGUAAACAUACAAGUCUGUUCGUUGUAUAUUGGUAUUGUUGAUGAAUGAAAGUCUAUGUUGAUGAGUGAAAGUCAUUAUUGUUAAUGGUGGUGAGUGAGGGUCUGAUUAGUCCUUUUUCUGAGUGCAGAACAGUGUAAAUACGGUAUAUUGAUGAGUGCAAGUCUGUGUAACUAUGUGCUGCGAGUGUAAAUUGAAUGCACAUGGUGUUUCAUAAUACAUUGUAUAAGCAAAACAAUAAGAUUUGGUAAUUCAAUUGAGAUUAGCACCAGUAUAUUCAGCAGAAAUGAGAAAACUACAAUGAAAUCAAAGUGCAACAUAUUUUAUUGAAUACCCUGUACCAAGAUAAGUCAGUAUAUUAUACUGCUCUGUAUAUCAUGCCUGGUAUUAUGAAACACCCUGUACCAAGGUAAGUCAAUAUAUUAUGCCUGGUGAUUUGUAAGUAUGGAUAUCUGUAUAUGAUGUGCUUGAAAUUUAGAAUUAAUUUCUCUUAUUCUUAUGGAUUUGUUUCUUAAAGUCUGAAUUGCUAAUUUAUAUCUUUUCAUUAUCAAGCAAGUGAAAAAUAAUGUAAAUCAAUAAACAAAACAUAUGGG